AUGAAGGUGCGCGUCCAGGCCAGGUGGGCUUGGCUCAGCAAGGGUUGCGUGCUGCUGGGCGCCCUCACGGUGGCCUACGUAGUGCUGGAGCUGUCCGUGGCCUCGCUCCGGGGCGCCCCUUCUGGGCACAGCCUCACCCCCAGCAGGUGGGACAGCCCGCAGGAAGACCUGGCGCAGCCCUUGUACAAGAAGCCCCCGCCCGACCCCGGGGCCCUGGGCGAGUGGGGAGAGGCCAGCCACCUCCAGCUGCAGGGGGACACGGAGAAGCAGCAGGCGGAGGAGCUCACCGAGAAGUAUGCCAUCAACAUCUACCUGAGCGACAGAAUCUCCCUGCACCGCCACAUCCGGGACGACCGCAUGUACGAGUGCAGGCUCAAGACCUUCGACUACCGCAGGCUGCCCACCACCUCGGUCAUCAUCGCCUUCUACAACGAAGCCUGGUCCACCCUCCUGCGCACCGUCCACAGCGUCCUGGAGACGGCCCCCGCCGUCCUGCUCAAGGAGAUCAUCCUGGUGGACGACCUGAGCGAUAAAGUGUAUCUGAAGGCUCAGCUGGAGACCUACAUCAGCAGCCUGCAGCGAGUGCGCCUCAUCAGGACCAAGAAGCGCGAGGGGCUGGUCCGAGCCCGCCUCAUCGGAGCCACCUUCGCCACCGGGGAGGUCCUCACCUUCCUGGACUGCCACUGCGAGUGCAACCAGGGCUGGCUGGAGCCGCUGCUGGAGAGGAUCGGCCAAGACGAGUCCGUGAUCAUUUGUCCCGUCAUAGACACCAUCGACUGGAAUACCUUCGACUUCUACAUGCAGGAGGGGGAGCCUGUGAUCGGGGGCUUCGACUGGCACCUGACCUUCCAGUGGCAGCCCGUCCCCGAGCACGAGAGGAGGCGAUGGCGAUCCCGAACGGACCCCAUCAGGUCCCCCGUCAUGGCCGGAGGGCUUUUUGCCGUCAGUAAGAAGUAUUUCGAGUACCUGGGCACUUACGAUACCGGCAUGGAAGUGUGGGGCGGGGAGAACCUGGAGCUGUCGUUCAGGGUCUGGCAGUGCGGAGGGGCGCUGGAGAUUCACCCCUGCUCCCACGUGGGGCACGUCUUCCCCAAGCGAGCCCCCUACGCCAGGCCCAAUUUCCGGCAGAACACGGUGCGAGCCGCCGAGGUGUGGAUGGACGACUACAAGGAGCACUUCUACAAUCGCAACCCCUUAGCGAGGAAGGAAAGUUACGGGGACGUUUCCGAGAGAAAACUAUUACGAAAACGCUUGAAUUGCAAGAGUUUUGACUGGUAUUUGAAAACCGUGUUUCCCGCCUUGCGGGUGCCGGAGGAUCGCCCGGGCUGGCACGGCGCCAUUCGCAGUGUGGGCAUCUCCUCGGAAUGCCUCGAUUACAAAGCUCCGGAGCGGGACCCCACCGGAGCUCACCUCUCCCUCUUUGGCUGCCACGGACAAGGAGGCAAUCAGUUCUUCGAGUACACCCUCAAGAAAGAGUUCCGGUUUAGUGUCCAGACGGAAUUGUGCCUCGUCGGCCCGAAGCAGAAAGAUGCCGUUGGAAUGCAGUACUGCCCCAAGGAGGGGGCUCCUGUUCCCGAAGAGAUGGUUUGGCAUUUUAAAGAAGAUGGAGCCAUCUAUCAUCCCCAGUCUGGCCUGUGUCUCAGUGCUUACCGGACAGCGGAAGGGCGGCCUGAUGUACACAUGAGAACUUGUGACAGUGGAGAGAAGAAUCAGAUUUGGAGGUUUGAGAAAUAG